AAGAUUUCCAUUUUAUCCAUUUUAUUUAGUUUUUCUAGCUAAUGGACAUGGAUUGGUCCUGAUGAAGGUGAGGGAGCGAGUUGUGUCUUAAGAUUCUUCGAAGCUACACAGACAACAACUGUAAUAAAAUUUUGAAGCUGCCCAUGGCCAUGGCCUUUCAGAUUAUAGCAUCUUCUUCACCAACGAUUACAAAGUCUCACCUUCCCCCUUCUUACAAAACUUCGAAACCUUAUCUCUCUUCAUGUUUUUCUCUCCUGGGUUCUUCUCGUUUCUCUCCUUACAUUGGUCUAAAGCACAUGGGCAUCUCAAUCUCGCCGAAAUCUUCAAACCCAGAGAAGAAGAGAAGAUGUAGUAAGGGUAUGGUGAUUCGUGCGUCUCUGUUUGGAGUUGGAGCACCUGAGGCUUUGGUUAUUGGUGUUGUAGCUUUGCUAGUCUUUGGUCCUAAAGGCCUCGCAGAGGUAGCUCGAACUCUUGGGAAAACACUGCGUACAUUUCAGCCCACGAUUAGAGAGCUACAGGAUGUUUCAAGAGAUUUCAAAAGCACCCUUGAGCGUGAGAUUGGCCUCGAUGAAAUCUCAACACCAAAUGUAUACAACCAGAACAGAAUGAACACUGGUACUACUCCUCCUCCACCACCAACACCAGUUCCUAGCACUGAAGAUCCUGUGACUGCAAGUGACCCCAAAGCAGAUGAUGCUCAAUCACCAAAAGCUUACACAACCGAGGAUUACCUCAAGAUUACAGAAGAGCAGCUCAAAGCUUUGUCUCCAGGUGAAGCAGGCGAUCAAACUCAGACUCAAGAAAAGCUACAAACAUCUACCGAAGAAAGCCAACCCAAAGGUACAUCAACGGCAACAUCCCCUCCAAGACAAGAUUGAAAAACACCAAAAACUGACUUCGGGAGGGAUUUAUUUUUUGAUCUGCCAAAAGAGAUAAAGCUAUUAGCUCUCAGGACAUUUUCACAAAAUAUUAUGUGCAAUCUUUAAUAUGGAUUCAGAAAAUGACUCAUUUCUGUGUUUAUGUUCCAUUAGUUGCCUUCUUAAUGAUAAAUGACGCAGACUCGUAGAGGCACGGAGAUGAGAAAUAUUUUUGUUUCCACCAGCAUUGCCGAGACUUUCUUAACCAGGGAUGGGAUUGUUUUACGUAGUUGAUCUUGGCUUCUUCACGCAGAAGUGUUACAACCUAUGCACUCGUUUCGAGUCCUUGUUUGUCUCACCAAUAUCCAAGUUAUAUGCUGACCAGAGAGCAGGCCACACAGCCUAGAAAAUGUUUCAGGCUUUACACAGAAAAUUUCCUUAGUUCAAUUACGAAUAUUUCCUUGUGCAGCUCCAGUACAAGCAUCUGAGAGUUUUUGUUUCUUCUCUAGAUAAUCUUUAGAAGUUGGUUCGUAUAUGUGCCAAAAAGGUAGAUUCAGAUGGAUACAAUUUUCAAUUUUCUUGUGUGUUUACUGAAGAGUAGUGUAGAUUUAGAUAGUUA